AAGCUAGUUUGACGGAAAGUUUUAAGUUCGACAAUUUAUCUCACUAGUUUAUUUCUCAUUGUUCUAAAUGUAACAAAUAGAAAAUAUUUUGUCCUACGCAACGGUGCCCCAUCUGCUGAUAGGCCGCUCUACCGUGCCGGCACUGUCUCUCGCGGCGCUUGUACGCUCCGAGUAGGGAGUAGGAAUUUUUGAUGUCAGAUUCGUUAUCAGCAACCUUGAAAACCAUUAAAUAUCAAGUUCCAUACAAAUCCGAUCAAAAUUAAUAGAUAUUGACCGCCAUAUUGGAUCCACUAAUUUGAAUAUUGAAUUUUCCAUGUCAGAUUCGUUAUCAGCAACCUCAAAACCUCAAGUACCUCGAAUUUCAGAAAAGUCUAAAGAAAUCUUGAAUUUUGUCCGCUUUUGCAUGCUUUCUGGCCCACUGUGCACUGUGUAAAUCUACAAAAGAUUCAUCGAGUCGUGGCAAACGAUAGUACCGUUUACUUCUGAUUUCAUCGAUAGGAUGAAAUCAGAAACGUCUGUUAACUCCGAUCUGUGCGUUACGAUUGCAGGUGAUGCCGAGGGAAUCUUGCUCCGGGCUGCUGUUGACCCUGGUGUCGGUAUUCGUCGGCCUGUGCGAAUCCUCUGCCGCCGGCGGCGCGACAUCCAGCGCUCAGCAGCAGCAGCAACAGCAGCAGCAACAGCAACAUCCGGUCUGCAAACCCGGCCUGGAAUUCUGGUCUGCCGAUCGCGCCGCCUGCUGGCCGUGCACCCGAUGCGCCCCGGAAUUCACCCUGAGCCCGUGCGCUGUGCACAAGGACGCGAUUUGCGGCCCGUUCUCGGCGCUCGAGCUCGACUGGUCCUUUCUGUCGUCGACGAGAAAGAGCGUCCCGCCGGAGGCUGGCGAUGGCAGCCAACGUCGCCUCGAGGAAACCGUUACGUCGAAGAUGUUCUGGCGGUUUCCCGAGAAACAGACGAAAGAGCGACCCGUUGAGGAAGCCGGCAAUCUCGUCGACCUCGAUCGAGAAAAGAAUGAAAGUUCGAUCGACGAAGAGCCGGUCUCCGCCUCGCCGGAAUCAAAAACGGCACACGAUCCUCGGGAGAGGAGAAAAUCUCCCGGCGAGGACAACCUACUGUGGGAUUGGCAGACUGUUGCGUUGGUCCUCGCGGUUUGCGCCUGCAUAGUAUUCUUCCUGGUAGCGGGAUGCUCGGCUCUCAUCUACGCAAGACAGUGGCGGCGGAUGAAGAAAAACUUUGAGCCGGCGGGUCUCGAGGAGAUCUCGGCCAGAUUGAACCUGAUGGUAAAGGCGGAACUGGCCGAACUGGUCGCAGGAGCUCCGAUGAACCCAGGCGAUCCCGAAACCAGAUGUCAGUAUCUCGAGAAGCUUUUAGGUAAGCACGGUCAGAAUUUUAAGGCUCUCAUUCGCAGCCAUAAAUUCCCACGACGACCACCACUUGAUUUGACCAUCUGUGAGCAUCGGUUACUGACUCUUACGAGAUUCUUGAUAUGCAUUUAUGGAGACAUAUCGAAUACUCAAUUUGGCAAAAUUGUCAUCUGUCCAUAAAACUACGAAGACUUUUGAUAACAGAAUAUUUCAAUUAUUUUAUACAAAAUAUUUUAUUUUAUUUAUAAGAAGAUCGUCUUAAUUGUUUUAUGUAGAUGAUAUACAGAAAAACUUGAAGCUCAGGUGGAAUUCAUUUCCCAGUUUUAAAUGAUCCCUUUAUUGAUGCUUAUAUCA